AUGAACUUCUUUCAACAAAUCGGAUUAUGGUUUACAUCAUUGAAGUUUCCUGAAGGUUUCGAAAGAGCAUUUCAAAAAUUCAUGGAUUUUGUCUCAUUAAUAUGGACUUUCAUUUCAUCUAUUACAGAUCUCGAAAUUUUCUAUAUUUGGUCAUGUAUUGAAGUUACUCUUUUUGUUAUUUGGCUAAUCAUUAAAAUUUGGGACCCAGUUCUCGAAUUAAAAGGACCAAACUCAUCCGGGUGGGAGAAGAGAGGAAAAUUGUUUUACUGGGUUGUCUAUUUAAUGGUAGAAAUUCUUGUUGUUUUAUUUCUCCCAUGUAUCACUGCAUGUUUCAAUGUAAUAUUCUGCUAUGAAGGACUUAUGGUUCCAUAUGAACUCGAAUGCUAUCAUGGAAUGCAUUGGUUACAUCUAUGUAUCGCAAUUUUUGUUUUUCUUUUCAUAGGAUUGUACUUACCAUUUCAAAUUUUCUUUGUCAUACGAACAUAUCAGCCAAAGCCUCAUCAGUACGAUUCUUCUGGCCAAAAACUCGUGAAGGGCUUUGAUGAUGAAGAAAUUACGAGAAACUACCAAGAUUUACUUGAAAGAGAUCAAUGCCCAUAUAAAUUCCUUUACGCUGGAUAUGAAUAUGGCUGGAGUUUGUACAAAGUUAUCACUAUGAUUUUCAAGAUGGUGAUUAUUAUCCCUACAAUUCCAUUUUUUACAUCCACAGUAGGUACAGCAUCCGCAUCAUUAGUUAUUGUUACUAUCUACGGCCUUAUCUCCAUUAUUUCUUCACCGUUUCUUCUUCCAAGUGAUGAUUGA